UGCGGGCGUGUGUGGAGAGCUGGGCCUGGUUCCCGCGUUGAGCCCUCGCCGCCGCCGCCGCCGCCUCAGCGUCUGUCCCGGCCGCCGCCGCCAUGUCGGACUAUCCCCCGGCCGGGCCCCCUCCGUCCGCUGGGCCCCCCGGCGCCGGAGCGGGGGCCUCCGGAGCUGGGGGCCCCCCCCCGGGCGGAGCGGGCGGCGGGGGCGCGGGGGGGCCCGGCGCGGGGGGGCCGCCCGGCGGCAUCCGCAAGGACGCCUUCGCCGACGCCGUGCAGCGGGCCCGGCAGAUUGCAGCAAAAAUCGGGGGAGAUACAGCUACAACGGUGAACAACAACACUCCAGACUUUGGGUUUGGGGGUCAGAAGAGACAACUGGAAGAUGGAGACCAGCCGGAGAGCAAGAAGCUGGCUGCCCAGACGGACUCACUAUCCACGCAGCUGGGACCGAUCCAUCCUCCUCCCAGGUCGACUGUUACUGAAGAGUACAGAGUGCCUGAUGGCAUGGUGGGACUCAUCAUUGGCAGAGGAGGAGAACAAAUCAACAAAAUCCAGCAGGACUCUGGCUGCAAAGUACAGAUCUCGCCAGACAGCGGUGGUCUGCCGGAGCGGAGCGUCUCCCUGACCGGGUCUCCAGAAGCUGUUCAGAAGGCGAAGAUGAUGCUGGAUGACAUCGUGUCGCGGGGCCGUGGUGGGCCCCCGGGCCAGUUCCACGACAACGCCAAUGGGCAGAACGGCACAGUGCAGGAGAUUAUGAUCCCGGCUGGGAAGGCAGGGCUGGUUAUUGGCAAGGGUGGGGAGACCAUUAAGCAAUUGCAGGAAAGAGCUGGAGUAAAAAUGAUUCUGAUUCAAGACGGUUCCCAGAACACCAACGUGGACAAACCCUUGAGGAUAAUUGGGGAUCCUUACAAAGUGCAGCAAGCCUGUGAGAUGGUGAUGGACAUCUUACGGGAGCGUGACCAGGGUGGCUUUGGUGACCGAAAUGAAUACGGUUCCAGGAUUGGGGGAGGAAUAGAUGUUCCAGUGCCCAGACACUCUGUGGGUGUGGUUAUUGGCCGCAGUGGGGAGAUGAUCAAGAAAAUACAAAAUGAUGCUGGAGUUCGGAUACAAUUUAAGCAAGAUGACGGGACUGGACCUGAGAAGAUUGCCCAUAUCAUGGGUCCCCCAGACCGGUGUGAGCAUGCUGCCCGCAUCAUCAAUGAUCUUCUCCAGAGUCUCCGGAGCGGCCCACCAGGCCCCCCUGGCCCAGGGAUGCCCCCUGGGGGCAGAGGACGAGGACGAGGGCAGGGCAACUGGGGCCCCCCAGGUGGGGAGAUGACCUUCUCCAUCCCAACGCACAAGUGUGGGCUGGUCAUUGGCAGAGGUGGGGAGAAUGUCAAAGCCAUAAACCAGCAGACGGGGGCAUUUGUGGAGAUCUCACGGCAGCUGCCUCCCAAUGGUGACCCCAACUUCAAGCUGUUCAUCAUCCGAGGGUCCCCACAGCAGAUUGAUCACGCCAAGCAGCUCAUCGAGGAGAAGAUAGAGGGUCCUUUGUGCCCAGUUGGACCAGGACCAGGGCCUGGGGGGCCACCAGGACCUGCUGGCCCCAUGGGGCCUUUCAACCCAGGACCGUUCAAUCAGGGCCCUCCAGGAGCCCCUCCUCACCCUGGCGGUCCUCCUCCUCACCAGUACCCACCCCAGGGCUGGGGGAACACCUACCCGCAGUGGCAGCCACCUGCACCUCAUGACCCAAGCAAAGCAGCAGCGGCUGCAGCGGAUCCCAAUGCGGCCUGGGCAGCCUACUACUCGCACUAUUACCAGCAGCCCCCGGGCCCCGUGCCUGGGCAGCCACCGGCGCCUGCAGCCCCGCCUGUGCAGGGAGAACCCCCACAGCCGCCCCCAACUGGCCAGUCAGACUACACUAAAGCCUGGGAGGAGUAUUACAAAAAAAUAGGCUCCCUGACACACGUGCCUUUGCCUGCAGGCCAACAGCCCCAGCAGCCGGGGGCACCCCCACAACAGGAUUACACAAAAGCCUGGGAGGAAUAUUACAAGAAGCAAGCAGCUCAAGUGGCUACUGGAGGAGGUCCUGGAGCCCCACCCGGCCCCCAGCCGGACUACAGUGCGGCCUGGGCAGAGUACUACAGACAGCAAGCAGCCUACUACGGACAGACGCCAGGGGCCGCGGGCCCAGCCCCACCGCCCACACAGCAGGGACAGCAGGCCCAGUGAAUCGAAUGUGAACUCCCCCAUCUGUGAAACCCCUUUUGUUUUCAGAAGAGAUGCCACUGCAGCGGUGGUGAUGGCAGGGGGUGGGGCGGGGUGGGGGGAAGCUGGCCAGAGCUGGGCACCGGUUGGGGGGUGGGGGUGGGGGCAAGACCACACCAGCUUUUUCCCCCCUCCACCCCCCCAGUCUCUUCACAAAAUAAAACUUAAACCAGUCGAGCGUUUGCGCCCCUCCCCCCUGUUGAGCCCGCUGUAGACUGUAGCGAAUUAACGGCGGUGUGCCCACCCCCCUUACCCCACUCCGGCCUGGCCCGGCCCCUGCGGGGUUAACAUUUCCUGCCUUUUUGUUUUUGUUUUUUGUUUUAAAAAAAGAAAAAAAGAGGGAAAAAAAAUAAAGUGUCCCCUGUCCCCCCUGGAGACUCGCACUGCUUUAGUUAGAGUCGAACAUUCCUGAUCCGGUGUCGGUGUCUCAGCUCCCCACCCCCAACUCCCUUCCUGGCUCGCUCCCUUCCCAUCUCUCUGCUCCCAGGACUGGUCUGUUGUGUGGUUUUUUUUUCUUUUUCUUUUGGGUUCCCUCCCCCCUCCCCAUCCCAUCCUCCCUCCACCCCAUCUGUUCCAGAGGAGACUGAAGCCGACCAGCCGGAACAAUUGUGCGCUCGGUUUUUACUUUUUACCGCUUGUUUUUAACUUCACAAAUAAACGAGAACAAAACCUCC